UGAAGAGGCUAAAAUGGGCUCAGAGAUGAACUCCAGAGACAUGACCUCCACAGAUCAGAGGGCCUCCCUGGAUCUGAACAGGAAUCCCACCCCAGGGUCCACUGGUGCCCCCAACUCCACUGCUAAUCAUGGCUCUUCCUGUCCCACGAAGAUCCAGAAGUAUAUGCGGAUCAAGAAUUGGGAGACUGGCCAGCUAUUUUACGACACCCUACACAUGCAGUCAACGAUGGAGGUGCCCUGUGGAGAGCGGAGGUGUCUGGGCUCAGUCAUGUUCCCUGAUCAGAUGAUCAGCAAGCCUUCAGAGGAGCCCGUCAACAGAGAGAGGCUUCUGACCAUGGCAACAGACUUCAUCAACCAGUACUACACCUCCAUCAAACGGUCCCAGUCCGAGGCACACCUGCAGCGUCUGAGCGCGGUGCAGAGUGAAGUCAGAGCCACGGGCUCCUACCAGCUGGAGGAGACAGAGCUGAUCUUCGGUGCGAAGAUGGCCUGGAGGAACGCCUCCCGUUGUGUUGGACGCAUCCAGUGGUCAAAGCUACAGGUGUUUGACGCCCGGGACUGCAGCUCGGCGGACGAGAUGUUUACUCACAUCUGCACCCACAUGAAGUACGCCACCAACAAGGGCAACCUGCGAUCGGCCAUCACAGUUUUUCCGCAAAGGUCAGAGGGUCUCAUGGAUUUCCGCAUUUGGAACCCUCAGCUGAUUCGCUACGCCGGGUACAGCCAGCCAGAUGGCUCAGUCAUUGGGGAUCCCUCCAACGUAGAGCUCACAGAGCUCUGCAUCCAGAUGGGCUGGAAGCCUUGUUACGGGCGCUUCGACAUCCUGCCCCUGAUCUUGCAAGCGAGGGGGGAGCAACCUGCUCUGUUUGAGCUGCCGGCCGGGCUGGUCCUGGAGGUGUCCAUCACACACCCCACGUUUGAGUGGUUUGCGGAACUCGGUUUAAAGUGGUACGCACUCCCCGCAGUGUCCAACAUGAUGCUUGAGAUUGGGGGGCUGGAGUUUACAGCGGCGCCCUUUAAUGGGUGGUACCUGGGCUCAGAGGUCGGAGUCAGGAACUUCUGCGACAACCACAGAUACAACAUCCUGGAGGAGGUGGGCAGACGGAUGGGCCUGGACACCAAGAAGACCUCCUCCCUCUGGAAGGACAAGGCUGUGGUGGAGAUCAACAUCGCUGUGCUGCACAGCUACCAGCUGGCGAAGGUGACGAUCGUGGACCACCACGCUGCCACGGAGUCCUUCAUGAAGCACAUGGAGAAUGAGUAUCGCACGCGAGGGGGCUGUCCUGCAGACUGGGUCUGGAUCGUCCCGCCCAUCUCCGGCAGCAUCACCCCUGUCUUCCACCAGGAGAUGCUGAACUACUUCAUAUCACCCUACUUCUACUACCAGCCUGUUCCCUGGAAGCUCCCGGGUUUCUCUGCCAAGAAGAAGAUAAGCUUCAAGGAAAUUGCAGAGGCCGUAACGUUUUCCACCAGUCUGAUGUGCCACGCCAUGGCAAAGCGAGUGAAAGCCACAAUCCUGUACGCCACAGAGACAGGAAAAUCUGAGACCUAUGCAAACAUGCUGUGUGACAUCUUCAAAGUGGCCUUCAACCCUAAGGUCGUCUGCAUGGACGAGUACGACAUCGUCAACCUGGAGCAUGAGAAUCUGGUCCUGGUCGUUACCAGCACCUUCGGGAAUGGAGACCCGCCAGAGAAUGGAGAGAGAUUUGCCAAAGCACUGAUGGACAUGACCCAUCCUACCUCAGAACAACCGGAACCACAGAAGAGCUACAAGAGGCGUUUCAACAGCCUGUCUAAAAUGGACACAGUUCUGGAGUUGCAGAACAGGAAACCACGUCUGUCCAGCACCACAGAGAGUGCCGGGCCUCUGGGCACUGUCAGGUUCUCUGUGUUCGGUCUGGGCUCCCGUGCAUACCUCCACUUCUGUGCUUUCGGCCAUGCGGUGGACACACGCUUUGAUGAGCUGGGAGGGGAGCGAAUCCUGCAGAUGGGAGAGGGAGAUGAGCUCUGUGGGCAAGAGGAGUCCUUCAAGACCUGGGCCAGGGACAUCUUCAGGGCUGCUUGCGACACAUUCUGUGUGGGGAGUGAUUCGAGUCUGUACCAGAACGAGGAUGUGUUCUCAGGGGAUCAUGGCUGGCAACCUCAAAAAUACAGGACAGUGAUCGAGGCCACACCCACAGACCUGAUCACAGCCCUGUCCAAGCUCUACAGGAGGAAGGUCUUUCAGACUAAAGUCAUCUCAACACAAAACCUGCAGAGCCCAAAAUCCAGUCGUGCGACGAUCCUGGUGCGCUUGGACACAGGGGGGCAGAAGGAGCUACAGUACCUCCCUGGGGAUCACCUGGGCAUCUUUCCAACCAAUCAGGACGAGCUGGUGCAGGCCGUGCUGUCCCACGUCUUCGAUGCCCCACCCAUCAAUGAGACCGUUGGCGUGGAGAUCCUGGAGGAGAAGAAUGGUAAAAGCAGCUGGGUGCGUGAGAAACGCCUGCCCCCCUGCACCCUGCUCCAGGCGCUGUCUCACUUCCUAGACCUCAGCAGCCCUCCCAGCCCCAAGCUCCUGCUCUCCCUGUCCCAGUUUGCCAGCGCAGACAAGGACAAGAGCAGGCUGGCAAAACUAAGCCAGGCUGGUGAUGACUACGAGCAGUGGAAGUGGUUCCACUCUCCCACACUGGCAGAGGUUCUAGAGGAGUUCCCCUCGCUCAGCGUGCCCUCCUCCCUCCUGCUCAGCCAGCUGCCCCUGCUGCAGCCCCGCUACUAUUCCAUCAGCUCCUCCCCCGAGACCACCCCCCACCAGGUCCACGCCACCGUCGCUGUGGUGCAGUACAGGACACAAGACGGAACAGGUCCUCUGCAUCUGGGAGUCUGUUCCACAUGGCUGAACCAGCUCAAGCCUGGCGAGGAGGUGCCCUGCUUCAUCAAAGCGGCCCCCUCCUUCCGCUUGCCUGCUGAUGACUCUGUGCCCUGUAUCCUGGUGGGGCCAGGCACCGGUAUUGCCCCCUUCAGGAGUUUCUGGCAACAGCGGCUGUACGAGAUAGAGCACCAAGGAAAGAAGCCCAAGGAAAUGGUGCUGGUAUUCGGCUGUCGCCAGGCAGAGUUUGAUCACAUUUACAAGGAGGAAAUGGAGGACAUGAAGUGCAAGGGAGCCCUCAGUGGCGUCUACACAGCCUACUCCAGGGAGGAGCACACCCCGAAGAUGUAUGUCCAGGAUAUUCUGCGGGAGCAGCUGGCCUCUGAGGUGUUCCGAACACUCUGUGAGCAGAGAGGUCACAUGUACGUGUGCGGAGACGUCACCAUGGCGAAGGACGUGCUGAACACGGUGCAAGAGAUCCUGUCAGUACACGGGGAGAUGAGUCUCGAUGAGGCUGGGGAGUAUCUCAGCAAGCUGAGGGACCAGAGCCAGUACCACGAGGAUAUUUUUGGCAUCACUUUGCGAACACAUGAAGUUAGGUCCCUGAUCCGAUACAGAGGCCAUAUUCAGGAGCAGAAAAAGGAUGGGAGUGUGAAGAAGCCGGAGCAGUAAUCUGCUAUUGCCUUGCCAGUGGAACCCCUACCACAUUCACACACACAAAUACACAUGAACACACACACACACGCACGCACGCAAGCACACACACAUACACACUUAUACACAUGAACACGCACACACACACUUAUACACAUGAACACGCACACACACACACACUAAUACACACACACACACACACUUAUACACAUGAACACACACUCACACACACACUAAUACACAUACACACACACACUUAUACACAUGAACAUGCACACAUACACACACUAAUACACAUACACACACACACACACACACACGCAUACAUACAGUGUGCAUAUACACAAUAACUUCAAAACACUUAGUCUAAGAUCUACAACUCAGUCAAGCAGACAAACGUUUUGGCUAGUGUCCUCAACAACAACAACAACAACAACAACAACAACAACAACAACAUUACAAUGAUACAUCCUUUCAAGCCAAAAUUGUUCCCAAAGUGCUUAACAUUAGGUUCAUCAAACAGUUUGAGCUAACCAGCUUGAGCCUGUCAAACAUGUUUGUCUUCAGAAGAAAUGUCAGUGUAUUAUUUAUAUCUGUUAGGCAGGGAUAUCCCUUCCUGUGAGAGAUAUGUGUGAACAGCACUCAUACUUAUGAUUGUGUUAAGUUUCUUAUAAAGUCUGACACAAACAUAUGAAGUCACACAUGUUCUCUUAAGUUACAAUCACCCUAAUACUGUACACACUCAAUUACACUCGCAUGCAAUCCUCAACUGGGCCUCCCAAAGAUAUUCACAGGCAUUCUGCUGCCCAGAUACUCUUAUUUCAUGACUAAAAAAAUAAUACUUGCCAAAUGCAUUAAACGCUUUGUUUGAUUUGCUUCUUCCAGCUUUUGUAGGUGAUCACAAUGCUGUAUGUUUUUUCUAUUCCUUGAGAUUCUAGCCCCUGUUAUCCUGUGAUAAAAUGAUGUGGCACAAUUUCGAUACACAAACCAUCAUAACGGGUCCAUAACGACAGCAGCUAGUCAGCAAAAGCAAUUCAUAGCUUAAUUCAGGACCUAAAAAAGACAAAUCUUCUCAUAUAAUAGCUAUAGCCACAGUACAGGGAGCCUAUCUGUACAGAUUCCUUCUUGAUGUGCUCUGUAUUUUUCUCUUAAAUGUAUUUUUAAACCUCUGUGAUCACAAUAAAGUGUCAAUCACAGAAUACAUUUUAAUGACCUCUUAAUAAAGUCUCAGAUGUUUUGAAAUCAUGA